AGCAUCACCAUGCUGAAUUCAUAAGAAAAAGAGUCAGUGAGAACAUAACAAGUCGGCGAAGCACCUCCACCUAGACUCUAACCUUAAGCUCCAAGGUCUGUGUGCUUAGCAGAGUAGAUAUCUUUGAGUGCACAUCUCAGGUCAGCACGCUCAGUGCUACACCCUCAGCUCUCACAACCGAAGACUCAUGGCUGACGAGAAGAUGGAGUCAGGUGAAGUCCGGGCGUCUCUCGUGAUUUCAGAGUCCAAGCCGCCUCCAGCCAGACCUACAAACAUAUUUGAGAGGCUGUUUCAGCCCUGCCUGGGCGAGCUGGUGGGAACUACUUUCUUCGUGUUUAUCGGGUGUGUGUCGGUCAUAGAGAAUGUGGAGUCUACAGGGAGGUUUCAGCCGGCCCUGGUGCACGGUCUGGCCGUCGCCGUUAUGGUGGCCUGCAUGGCUGAGAUCAGUGGUUCCCAUUUCAACCCUCCAUUCACCAUAGGCAUCUAUCUAUGUGGGGGCAUGGAGAUGAGUAUGGUGGCCCCAUACAUUGCGAGUCAGUUGGUCGGAGGGGUGCUUGGAGCUGCCAUGGCGAAGGCAAUGACCUCGAGUGAGAACUUCGCCAAAGCCCACGGGGCCGCGUUUGCUCUGCUGCAGCCCGACGAUGAGGUAGCGGGAGCUGUGUUUGGAGAGGUCGCCAUGACCUGCCUGGUCACCAUGGUGGUGCUGCUGGGCGCCGUCAACGCCAAGACCAGGAGUCCCCUGGUGCCGUUUAUGGUGGGAUGCACUGUUGUUAUCAACAUCCUGGCAGGAGGAGAUGUAUCUGGCACCUGCCUGAACCCAGCCAGAGCCUUCGGUCCAGCCGUAGUGAGCAACUACUGGGUUCGUCACUGGGUCUACUGGAUGGGACCCAUCACUGGAGGCCUAAUAGCUGCUGCACUGGUUCGACUCCUCCUUGGGGACAGGAAGAUGCGACUCAUUUUCAAAUAACAUCUUGUGCAUAAACUUACAAAAGAAGCCCUUCUGGACUGAGAUGUUUGUGCAUGAUUAUGCCUCCUUUGCUAUUCAUUAAAGUUUACUUCUUCACAUAA